AUGGCUGUCCAUGACAAGAGCGCCGAGGCCGAGCUCAAGGGUGUCGCGGCCGACACUCUCGUGAGUAGUCCUGUGCCAAGCAAGUCGAGUGACAACCAGGACGAGGACUAUGCCAUCCAGGCCAAGCCGCAACGCAAAUGGCAGUCCUACGUCUGGGACACCCUGGACAAGUCGCCGCAAGAGCGGAAGUUUCUGUUCAAGCUCGACGCGGCCGUCCUGACCUUCGGCAGUCUAGGCUACUUCAUCAAGUAUCUGGACCAGAUCAACAUCAACAAUGCCUUCGUGUCUGGCAUGAAGGAGGAUUUGGGCCUGUACCAGAAUCAGCUCAAUUAUAUGCAGACAUGCUGGACCGUCGGCUAUGUUAUUGGGGAGAUACCAUCAAACAUGAUUCUCACUCGCGUCCGACCCAGCAUUUGGAUUCCUACCAUGGAACUCAUUUGGACGGUACUUACCAUGUGCCUGAGCAGGUGCAACAGCGCGAGUUCCUUCUAUGCCCUCCGGUUUGUGAUCGGCCUGGCCGAGUCGACCUUCUACCCGGGCAUGGUAUAUGUGAUCGGGUCAUGGUAUCGGCGCGAUGAGCUCGCGAAGCGCUCCUGCAUAUUCCACACUAGCUCGGCCAUCGGCAGCAUGAUCUCUGGAUACCUGAUGGCCGGUGUAUACCACCUCGGGGGCAAGGGAGGUUUGAAAGGCUGGCAAUGGCUCUUCAUUGUUGACGGCAUCAUUUCUCUUCCUGUCGCCAUCUCUGGCUUCUUCCUGUUACCAGACGUGCCCGAAAUCACACGAGCCUGGUACUUCUCACCAACGGAGCGCGAAUAUGCAAAGAAGCGCAUGGAAUUUGAGGGCAGGGCCAAUCGGGCUCCGUACACGAAGGCUAAGUUCAAGAAGAUCUUCACAUCGUGGAAGAUAUACGCCUUGACAGCCUUGUACAUCACGUUCAACAACGCCGGUUCAGGAAUCACCCAGCCCACUUUUGCGCAGUAUCUGAAGGCAUCGACGGAUCCGAAAUACACCAUCUCACAAAUCAACACCUACCCGACGACCACGUACGCUGUGCAGAUUGUGAGCACGCUCAUCUACGCCUGGACAUCAGACAGCGUCUUUCGCGGCGCUCGCUGGCCCCCGAUUGUUGUGGGUGGUCUGAUCUGCAUUGUGUGCUACUCCAGCCUUGCGGUCUGGAAUAUUCCCGUAGGCUGGCAGUGGACAUGCUAUAUCCUCGCUGGUUGCGGCGGCGGCAUGAGCGGGCUGUGUAUGGCAUGGGCGCACGAGAUCUGCUCGGACGACAAUGAAGAGCGCGCCGUCGUCACUGGCACCAUGAACGAGAUGGCAUACGUCUUUCAGGCAUGGCUCCCGCUGGUCGUGUGGCAACAGAUCGACGCUCCUCGAUAUUAUAAAGGCUUCGUCACGUCAGCAUGCCUGAACGCAGGAAUGAUUAUCAGUGCCCUGGUGGUUCGAGUCUUGUGGAAGAGAGCGCAGGCAAAGACACGCAAGCAGGCCGAACUUGCUUGA